CGAGCAUUCCAGGCCUCACGCCAGACAGCAUGCAGCCCCCAUCAAUGGCGCUCCUGCGCGCCUUCUCCCCCCUAUGGAAGGCGCCUAUCCGGCCCUCCAUCUUCUCCGGGCUCCUCCAAACACACCAGCCGCAGCAGCACACCGCAGACUUCUCCUCUACUGCGCCGCGCUGCAAAAGGAAGAAAGGCAAGAGGACGGACAUGCGAAUAACCAACAUCCGAUACCACCUCUUCCACCCAAUGACCCCGCGCCCAUUGCGCUGGUCCCGAAAUCGCCACCUCCGUCACUGGACCAUUCAUCGCGCGUGGCAGCUCUACCAGCACAACCUACGGCACAAGAGGGAUGAGGAGCUGCAGAAGCAAUACUUCAGCAUGUACAACGCCUGCGAGGCGCUGCGCAACAUCGACAACUACGGCUUGACCGCCGAGGACCGCACAGCAAUGGGCGAGCCGCCGAGUGAGGGCAAAGAGACGGGCCGGCUGUAUCGCAUCGCCAUGUUGAAGAGAGGCAUGUGGAAUGGCCCGCCGAUUGAGUAUGCGCGCAUUCAGACAGACACGCCCCCGAGGAAUGGCUGGAAUCAUCAAUGGACGCGGUGAUGAGCGGGGUCGUGAAGUGGU